UUUUAAAUUGUCAUUCGAAGGCUCUGGACUUUGGAGACUCAAGGUACCUAUUAUUGAUUUUUUUAUAAAUCAAGUUGUUCAAUAUUCUUGUCUUAUUUGUACUGGGACGAUAAAGGUAUGGUUAACUUCGUCGAUACCUUAAUGGUAAAUACGGUGACGGAGGGUGCAAUGAAUGUUUUACGCAGUAUCGGAGUUUUUAAAACUAAGACAAUAGAAAAGGCACCUCCUCCCAUAAUUAUAAAAAUGCCUCUUUGGGAAUUAGCGCAACAAGCAGGACCUUUUGUAAGGCUUGCAGGAUUAAGUGGUGCAGUCGCCGUGGUUUUAGGGGCUAUGGGAGCACACCGCACUUUUCCAGAAACUGAAUCUAAGGAAGACUUGAAGAAAAUCUUUGAAACUGCUAAUAGAUUCCACUUUCUGCACACAUUAGCUUUAAUGACGGUGCCCUUAUGCCGACGACCUUAUAUCGCUGGUUCUUUCUUCAUCACUGGAAUGGGCCUGUUCUGUGGGACAUGUUAUUACCAUGCCUUCACAGGAGAGAGGGCUCUACGAAGACUUACACCAAUUGGAGGAUCUUGUCUAAUUCUUGGAUGGCUCGCCAUGGUACUAUAAUGUGUCCCUUUUUGUAAAUUCUAUGCAAUUUAGUGUUAGUUUAACAAUUUCAUCAAGUUCAUGUUAAGAUAGACCUGUCAUUCCAAUUUAUAGUUUGUUUACAGUUAAGUGAAAGUUGUAGAACUUAUAUUACUUACUAUUUGUGUUUAGUUUGUGAACUAGUGGUUGUGCAUAAAGUGUAUAUCAUUGAGAAUAUUGUCUUCUUCUUUAUUGAAAGGGCUACUUGAACUAAGUAACUUUCUUAGAAUCAUCACAUAGAAAAUUAAAGUUCUGGUGUUACAUAGUGGUGUACAAAAUGUAUUUCAUUUUGUUUAAAUAAAUAAUACAAAAAUUACUUUGCGUUUAGCACAUUCUGAAUAUAAUUUGAAAAAUAUUUAGCAUCUUGAAAUAUAGGUGUAUGUGUAGAAUUACACUUUAUAUUAAAGAAAGUGUUUAUUAUGGUGAUAGUGUUGAAAAUUAUUUUAUUUAUCAGUGACAACAAUGUAAAUAUCCUUUCAUUAAAUUAAAUUAUUUCUGUUA